UCAUGUCUAGUUAUGUGAUCAGUGCAGCAGAUCAAUUGAUCAUUUAAUCAGGUAGAAUCAUCCAUCCAACUACUAGGAACUCCCUUUAGUUGUGAAAUCGUGCAUCCUGGGCAAUCUUGUGAAAUGAACAUUUUAUCAAAGUAAGUAUUACUCAAAAUCACUUUUUAAAGUCUUCCAAGAAUUAUGAAAUCCAAUUCUAAAGUUUAUUUGCCAGUUCAUCUAAUCCCAUUUCUAUUGUAUAAAAGAAAACAACUUAUGAAGAAGUAUUAUCAAUACUAUUAAAUCAAUAGUCCUAUCUCUACUAUAAGCAGAGCUCUUGUUUCAUAUUUUAAAAGCAUUUGUUUCCUAUCUUUUAUGGUUCAAAUGCUAAGAUAUAAUUGGUGCAAACAAAAAAAUCUCCUUAAAAAGGUCGACCCAUUUGUUCCAUUAUCUGGUGGAUUUAUGAGUUCAUUUGCCCUUCUUCUUGAAUCCAAUACUAGGUAUUUAUGAAAAAUAAAUGUAGAGCAAUGGAAAUUUGUUUAAGUAUUGUUCCUAGAUUUUGUGAAACAGUCAUAAACUUAUUAAAAAGUAGGGGGAAAAUGAUAGAUAUUCCUCAUGGUGAUGUUAUUGUUUUCUCAUUUGUUAUUGGUAUCAUACAUUAUUAUUAUUAACAUGAUGUAAGAAAGCUUAUUGAUAUUAGCCAAAAUCUUUAAAAAGCACAUAUUAUAAGGUAUUUGAAAAAAUAUGGGGAAUAAAUUGA